UCGUAUUGUUGCUUCAGUGUCAAGCCAGGCCUCCUGUAAAAUAUCAUUUUUCCUCUUUCUAGUUUUCCUUACGGCUGACUCCAUGUGUGUGUUGUUAUUGGACUGUGUGGAGCGCACUGUACUCUGCUCCAAUAGCAUCCCAAUGGCAGUGAAUGGGGGAAUGAAAAAAGUGUAGCCAUGCAUGCAGGAGUGGGAGGAUCCACUCGCUUCAAUCUCGAUCUCAGACUUUUGCAGCGACAGGGGCACAACCAACCAGCCGUCUCUGUUACUUCCAAAGAGUUACUGCCGGGACAUCUACAUACGUACUCUCCUGUUUUUAUUUGGGGGGGGGAAUUUAUUGUCAAGUUUGUCUUCUUUUUCUCAUCCUUGACAAAACUGUCAUUCCGUGAAGAAAUUCCCCGCUUUCUCCCGUCGGCUUGAGGACGAGAAGAUAAAGCUUCCUCAGUCCUCUAAUCAUAACAGGUCUGGUGUCACUGGAGCGCCUCUCCGCGGGAGAACAGUCCGAGACGUGCAUCAUGCUGGACGGCAUUAAAAUUGAAGAUCAUCCCCUGCGAUCGGGGCAAGCCACGCUCGGAGUCAUGCUCGGGACUGACUGUCAUCAUCCAUCCGUGUGUGAAGGAUGCCAGCGUCCCAUCUCCGACCGCUUCUUGAUGAGGGUCAACGAUUCCUCAUGGCACGAGGAGUGUUUGCAGUGUACCGUGUGUCAACAGCCUCUCACCACCAGCUGUUACUUCAGAGAAAGGAAACUUUACUGCAAACACGACUACCAACAGUUGUUUGCGACCAAGUGCAGCGGCUGCAUGGAGAAAAUUGCCCCCACAGAGUUUGUGAUGCGCGCUCUGGAGUGUGUCUACCACCUGAACUGCUUCUGCUGCUGCGUGUGUGACCGGCAGCUGAGGAAGGGCGACGAGUUUGUCCUGAAGGAGGGUCAGCUGCUGUGCAAGAUCGACUAUGAGAGGGAGAAGGACUUACUCAGCUCGGUUAGCCCGGAUGACUCAGACUCAGAGAAAAGUGACGAUGAGGAGUUGGACAUCAAGCCAGAGAAAGGCAUAGGAGGCCAGGGGAAGGGGGAUGAUGCGAAGGAUCCCAGGAGGCCCAAAAGACCUCGAACUAUUCUGACCACUCAACAGAGACGGGCCUUCAAGGCCUCCUUUGAGGUGUCCUCAAAACCCUGCAGAAAGGUGAGGGAGACGCUGGCUGCAGAGACAGGACUCAGUGUUCGGGUGGUGCAGGUGUGGUUUCAGAACCAGAGAGCUAAGAUGAAGAAGUUGGCAAGAAGACAGCAGCAACAACAAGAACAACAGAAUUCUCAGAGACUUGGCCAAGAGGUAAUGUCCAAUCGGAUGGAGGGGAUGAUGAACUCCUUCACACCGCUGGCUCCGCCGCAGCAGCAGCUGGUCGCCAUGGAUCAGAACGGUUACAGCACAGACCCGUUCCAACAGGGGCUCACCCCCCCACAGAUGCCCGGGGACCACAUGAACCCAUAUGGUAAUGAUUCUGCAUUCCAUGACAUAGACAGUGACACGUCUUUAACCAGCCUCAGUGACUGCUUCAUGGCAUCAUCGGAAGUCAACUCCAUGCAGGCCCGCGUGGGGAACCCCAUCGACCGCCUCUACUCCAUGCAGAACUCUUAUUUUGCAUCAUGAAAGAGAGGCGAGCAAAAAACAUCAGCACAGAAUAAACUGCCCGUCUCAACCUAAAGCGCGACGGCCAGGAGUUUCUACACUAACACGGACACGACAGAAGAAACUCCUCCUUGCAGUAGCUCCUGGUUAUGUGCUGAAGCUUACUCAAAGAUAGUAAAACCACUUGUUGUAGGACAGUGAAGAUUCCUGGGGAAAAAGACUUAAAUAUGUUAGAGAUUAUUCGGUAGGAUUGCUUAUCUGUCACAGGAGAUAUUACUCUUUUCUUUGUUCACUUAAAGAAAACAAGUAGAUAUUGAAGCCACUGAUUACACUCUCUCAAACCAAAUAAACACAGUGAAUUUAUACAGUGCAUGAUCAAUUGUAAACUAAAACUUUUUGUAAGCCCCCCCUGGUGAAGAUGUGGUGUUUGGACUGUUUCUUCUUUACACUACAUGGAUUUCCAUGUUCACCGUUAGCAUUUUGAUCACUUUCAAUAGGUUUAGAUAUUGUGUUAAUAGUAAAUAGGUGCAGCAUGUCUGCAAGAGUGACUGUACAUUUGUGUAUGUAUGAGAGUUUGUGGUAAGAAAGAAUUGUUUAGAGGAGAAAAAAAGUGGAGAAUUUGGUGGACAAGUAGGAUCAGUGAAGUGUAAAUACUCUCCCCAGGCAAAUUGGAUGUGCAUGUUAAAAAUGGAAAGCAUUCUAUUUAUUUAACUAUAACAGGCUCUUGAAGGUGCAUAUUAAAACUGAAAAGCUUUAUUUAAAAAGGAGAGCAUUUUUUUGUUGAGCAAUUAGUGAGUUCAUGAGUAUCACAACUCAUCUGUAUGCCUUUUUAAUAUGAAGAUUAACCCUUUUGUUUUGUUUUUUCUUCAGCCAAGCUGUAAAUGAGCAAUGUUGCUAUUUAUUUCGUACAGACCAUAAACCUUUUGUUGUCAUUGUCAUAUGUGCAUUCUCAAAAUGUUAAAGUUGCUAACUGACCAAAGUUGACUGGUUUGAUGAAUAAACAAUAUCUUUCUCCUGAUAACAUUAAAUAAAUGCCAUUCAGUGAUCAUUCA